AUGUCGAAGCACCAGUUUUAUCUCUCGAAGUGUGAGGACGCUGCGUCGAAGAGCACAAUGUGCUUUACACUUGGCGCUGUUCUCGUCAAGGGUGGGAAGAUUAUAUCUUCGGGCUAUAAUCAUUAUCGCACGCAUUACGAUGGCGACGAUAGCAAGGCACGCGGCGGCAAGCCUCUCUCGAUGCACGCCGAGAUGCACGCGAUUUACAACGCCGUCGGUGCGGCUCCUUCCUUCAAGACGCAAUUCGUUAAAGCGGGCAACGCUGCCCUUGUAUCGGGCGCAGGCGGUGCUUCCGCCACCCUCUUUGAAAAAGACGAAGAAGAAGAAUAUGAACGCGGCCCAAUAUCGACCUCUACACCAACAGUCUUGUCGAAACAAUCGAAAGGGAGCCAACCAAAACAAGUGGGGCGUGCGCAACUGCUUCCUCUUCGCUCGGGAACGCUCCGCCAGCGUCGUGCUUUUCAACGGGCAAACACAAACGUAAACCAAGGUCACCAUCAUCAUCACCACCACGAGCAGAACCAUCAUGCUACGGUUCCGUCCCAGACAACAGCAGAGAUCUCGAACAGCAAUGGCGAGCGGCCCGAGCGGCUUCCACGUCGUCCAAAUUAUCCUGGGUAUGCGACAUAUCGCUACAGGGAUCAAAUUGCACGGCAGCAAGAGAAGUGGGAUCGAGCUGCAAAGGUUGCGAACCAUGGCGAUGGGAAGCAGAAGCUCGUUUCGCAUCAGCGAACGGGAUCUACGUCUGAGGAGGAGAGCAAGCACGCUCAAAAGCCAAGCUUGACUCCACCAGUGAUAUCCCCUGGGGUGACCGGAUCGAAGCGUGGUGGAAAGUCGACAAAGGCCUGGUCCGCUCCACCGAUGGUCGUCGGUACCUCCUGCGCCAAGCGACACGGCGCUCGCACGCGAGUGACAGGCGCAGACCUAUUGAAAGAUGCGCAAUCGUAUCUGAAGAAACAUCAAUGGCGGCUUGAUCAUGCUGUUGACAAUUAUUACACCAAUCCACCGCCCACGCCGCCGGCGGGCAGCUCGAGCAAGAGUGCUGAUCCGAAGAAGAUUGCCGCCUUGUUUGAUGGGUACAAAGAUCCCGAUUCGGAUACUAUCAGCAUCGACGGCACUAUCAAGUUUUGCGCCGACCUCGGAGUAGAUCCCGAGGAUGUGGUGAUGCUCGCUGUCGCGUAUGAGCUGCAGUCUCCGAGCGUGGGCGAGUGGACGCGCAAGGGAUGGGUCGAUGGCUGGAAGAAACUAGAGUGCGACUCGAUACCUCGCAUGAAGGCGGCUGUCGCCCAACUCUCGACCAAGCUCUCCAACGACACCGACUAUUUCCGUUCAGUCUACGACUUUACGUUCAACUUUGCAAAGACAGAGGCGGGCCAGAGGAGCAUUGCCAUCGAGAACGCAGUUGCGUUUUGGAGCCUCCUGCUCCCUGCUGGCCAGAAAGGACGCGCAUUGCAGCAUGUGGACGCCAAGUACGAUGGUGACGAGGUCAUAUAUACCCCAAGUCGGGAACCCGGAUGGAAGCCAGAGUACAAUGAUCUCUGGUUCCAAUUUAUGACGGAGAAAGGGGGAAAGGGUGUGAGCAAGGAUACAUGGCAAAUGUUCUUCGACUUUAUUCGCACUAUUGAUGACAAGUUUGAAAAGUAUGAUAUGAACGCGGCAUGGCCUUCGACAAUCGACGAGUUCUUGGAAUGGGCCAAAGAGAGAAUCAAUUGA